GGCAAUGCUAAAGUGCGAAAUUUGAAUCGUUGAUGGAGUAGAGACGGAACAUAUUCAUCCAUAAACUGACAUGUUUACAAAAUAAAUUAAGGAUUUUCAAUUAGCAAAAUGAGUUGGGCAUCAGAUGAGUGGAAGGAUGGCUUACCUCAGAAAGCUUUGAUGAAAAUUAACCAAAUUGAAACACAGCUAGAGCGACUUAAGAAAGAAAAAGAUCAAAAACAGUUUCAAUUGGAGAGCCUAGAACAGGCUCUUGAAGUUCAGAAACGUAAAGGAGGCAAUGAAAAGUCUGAGAUUGGAGAGUUAAAGAGAGAGAACCAAACCCUUUCAGAAACAUGUAAAGAGCUGGAGAAGAAAAAGCAAAAGUUGGCAAAUGAUUUAAUGGUGAAAGAGAAUCAAGUCACUUGUUUAGAACAGAGAUUAGCAAAAUGUUUAGGUGUUCAAGAACCUGCAAAGAAUAAUGAUGUCUCCCAAACUGGUGUGCAACAGCAUGCUGAUCAGCUAAAAGCUCUUGAAGAUGAGAUCACCAAGCUGCGACAACAGUUGGAAGAAAAAAAUAACCUACCGUCAGUCUCUAAAGGAAAAAACUUAAGUGAAGACUCUGCUAAACCAUCUAGACUGUUAUCUGAAACUGAUGAGCUACGCAAGACUCAGCAAGAUAUGAUUUCAUUGCAAUCUUUGGUGCAUGAAUUGGAAUUAAAAAACAAAAAGCUAAUACAGGAUGCUGAGUGUAUGCGUCACAAUGCUGAGGCAGCUAGACAACAUUUAGAAUUAAAAAUGAAAGAAAGAGAAAGAGAACUGAAUAGAGAAAUGGCUCAAACCUUGGAGGCUGCCAAGACUGCUGACCGGGUUUUACUAGAAUCAAAGACUAAGUGGCAACAGGAGAUUAAUUCCGCCCAAGCAGAACAAAAUAAAGUUAAAGGUCUCUUAGAGAAAGCUGAAAAUGAAAAGUCUCAGUUAAUUAAAGAAAAGCAAGAAAUCUCAAAGAAAGUUAGUGCUGCAGAAGAUAUAUUAAAAACAAAUAGUGCCAACAUUGCAGAAAUGGACAAAAAAAGAGCUGCAAUAGAAGCAGAAAAGAACAAACUAGCUGCAGAGCUAGAUGCUAAAGACAGGCAAGUUCAAGCAUUGGAGGCUGAAAUUAAGAAAAUAAAACAUGAUGUCACCCUCAAGGAACAGUCCAAUGAUGCACUUAGAGCCCAGAUUAUGGAUAAAGAUCUAGAAUUGGAAGCAUCAAAAGCGGAAGUUUCUAGAGUCUCACAAAAACUUUUACAACAUGAGAAUCAGAUGUUGGAUCUUCAGAAACAGAAAGAAAAAGCUGAUGAUGCAGUGAAACAGCUGACAAGUUCUUCACACCAAUUACUUAGUGGAAAAGAAGCUAUGCAACAACAAAUUGAUGAGCUCAAUAAAAAAUUACACAAACAGCAGGAAGAACUGACAAGAGUUACAUCUCAAGCUAAAGAUUUACAGCAACAGCUGACAGAUAAAGAGAAGAAUUUCAAAGAAUGCCAAAGUAAAUGGAAUGAUUUAGAAAAGAAAUCCCAACUUGAACUGUCAAAAAUUGAAAAACAACUCUCAGAGCUUGGUGAUGCCAAAUCAGUAAUAGAGACUAAAGCAGCCAGCAAAGAAAAAGAAAUUCUAGAACUCUCUAACCAGUGCAGUGAUCUUGGUAAAAAACUGAAUGUCACAAACUCAGAAUUAGCUCACAAAAACAAAGAUAUAUCUGAGUUUCAAAAACAGUGUGGUUCACUCUCAGAACAAGUUGAAGCUUUGAAAAGAGAACUGACCAAUAAAGAAAGUUUGUAUCAAGGGAAGAUAUCCCAGGCAGAGAACGCUUUACAUAACAAAAGUGAAGAAUUAAAACAAUUCCUGACUACCAAUAGUGAUGAAAAAACAAAGCAACAAAAUGACUUGCAAAACUUGCAGAGCAUAAAGUGUAAACUUGAAGAAGAAUUGAACCUCAGUAAAGAGAAAUGUGAAAAGGGUCAGCAACUCAUAACUAAUCUUAAUGAGGAAAUAAUUUCUCUAAAAGCUCAGUUAGAGGUAAAAGAAAGUAAUUUGAAAGAACAUUGCUGUGAAAUGGAGAAGCAGAAAAAAGAAAUGAAAGAAAAGUCUGAUGAGAACCAGCUGUUGUCUGUGAGACUGGAGCAGCAAGAGCAGAGGAUCAGUGAUCUGUCUGCCAAUUUACUGGCAACAGAAAGGAAACUGGAGGUGACCAUGGCAGAGCUCACUACCAUUGGGGAUAAAUUUGAACAAGUGGAUCUAGAAAAUGGAACUCUUUGGAGUGAACUUAAAGACAUCAAGCUACAAAAUGAGUCUGGGAAACAGUGCCAAGAAUCACUACAAGCUGAGAUCCAGAGUUUGCAGGCAGAGCUAGCUGCUGCUAAGAAAGAAUCUGAAUCUCUGCAAGAUAAAAACAAUGCUGAUCUAACCUUCAUUGCCAGUCUUCAAAGUGAAAUCUUGAAACUACAGGAUAGCUGUGGAGAUUUUGAGAAGAAAAUAAUCUCUUUGAAAAAAGAUCUAGAAGAUAAAUCUCAGGGCUCUAAAGAACUGGAAGAAAAAUGUGCCCAGCUUUCUGAGCUGCUGAGUUUAGAGAAAGAAUCCAAGAACCAGCUGUCUGACAAGGUGAACUGUCUGGAAGCUUGGAAGGCUGAGUCUGAGAGUAACCACCAGCAGGCAGUGCACCAGUUGGAGGAGGAACUGCUGGCUACACAGCAAGAUUUGAGGCAGGCCAAGGGAAGUUUAGACAAGAGAGAAGACUUAGUUAGGGAACUUGAGAGUAAAAUUCAACACCUGGAAGAUAACAAUUCAAGUUUAGAAGGCAGUGUUGGCUCUUUUAAAACAGAACUGGCUGCCAAAAGUACAACCGUUACAUCUUUAGAGCAAACAUGUGCUUCUCUUGCUGAUGAAUUACAGGCAUUACAAAACACAUUGUCAGAAAAGUGUAACACUAUUGCAGUACAUGAGAGUAAUAUUCUUCAACUAGAAAGCAAACUGAAAGAAUCUGAAAAUCAUAAAGACUUAUUGGAAUCUUCCAAUCACCAAGAGCUAGAAAGGCUCCAACAAUUGGCCCAUCAACAGGCAGAAGAUCUGAAUGAGAAAUGUGCAAGGAUAAAAGAAUUAGAGUGUUCCAAUACUGACAUGUUAGGAAAGUUGUCCAGCUUAGAGCAACAGAAGAUUGAAGGUGAAAACAUCCACAAGCAAGAAACAGAGAAACUUUUACUGCAACUUGACAUGCUGGAGAUGGAUAACGAGGAUAAAGACGGCACCAUUAAAAACUUGCAGACACAGGUGGCUAAUCUUGAUUCCCAACAUGAGAACUUAAACCAGGAGAUCAAAAUGCUGAAAGACACAAUACAACAAAAAGAUGAGGAAUUGAUAGAACUUAAAGACUUGUUAGAAAAAACAAAGGAAUCACUUGCAGACAGCAGAGAAAAUGAAAAUAAACUAAAGGACAGAAACAUUAAUUUAGAAAAUGUAAUGAGUGAAGUUCAGGCUUCCCUUAGACAUAAAGAAGCAGCAUUAGAGGAAUUACACAUCAUUCUAGGGGACUCAAACAAGAGGGUUGAGGAAUGUAAUGAAGAAAUGAAAGGUUUACAUCAGGAAAAAGAAAGAUUUUCUCAGGGUAUUAAUGACCUUGAACAAUCUUUAGCCUCGAAGCAAGAAGUCUUGCUUUUAAAGUGCCAGGAGCUUGAAAGUUUAUCCCAGCAAUGUGCCAGUCUUACAGAGGAACUGGAAAAAACAAAAACUCAACUCAGUGAAAGUUUGGCCCAGCUUAGUUGUCUCUCUGAUAACCUGAAACAGCUGCAGGCAAAUAACCAGAUUCUGGCAGAAGAGAAAGCAUUAUUAGAGAGUAACUCUGGUAAAGAACUCGAAAGUCUUCAAGCACAAUAUAAUAUUAAACAGGAAGAACUACACCAGAUGACAUUGGCUCUGGAAAGCAAUGAAAAUUACACAUCAGAUUUAAAAGAAAAGCUUGCUGCAACAUUGAAAGAGAAAUGUGAGGAAGCUGGUCAGCACGAGGUAGAAGUCAGCACACUCAAGUCUAAGCUAGAGAUGGUGGAGAUGGACAUGGAGGACAGAGACUCAAUGAUCCAGGACCUCAAGACUCAGCUCUCUAAUCUAAACAUACAGCUAGAAAAUCUGGCACAGGAAAAAGAUCAAGCAAGUGAAACUAACUCGCUGAAAGAAAAUGAAAUGAUGCAACUGAAGGCUAUGUUGGAUUCGGAGAAAGAAAAACUGGAUAUUAGCCGAGAAGAGUUAGAAAAAAUGACACUCAGAAAUAGCAACCUAGAGGCUACACUUGCAGAUCUUCAGACUGCACUUGAUAGCAAGAAUGGUACUAUGCAGGAAAUGGAAAUGAAUUGUGAACAUUAUAACCAGAAGAUUCAAGAAUAUGAGAAAUCCUUAAAAGAUCUUCAUGAUGAAAAAGAAAAACUGUCAGAUAGAUUGUCAGAUCUACAGAACUGCUUGUCUGCUGAGAGAGAUGUGGCAGUGAGCAGAACAUCAGAAGUGGAGGAUUUGCAAUCCCAGUGUGCUAAGAUCUCAGAAGUGCUAGAAAAAUGCCAGUCUGAACUUGCAGAGAAAGUUGAAGAGUUGAACCUUAAAUCUCAGAAUUUUCAACUGUUGGAACAGAAGCUCAGAGAAUUAGAAGAAGAAAAACUUCAACAUGAAGAGAACUUGAGUAGCACUCUAGGAUUAUUAAAGGAACAGUUGUCGUCUACUGAAGAGGACUUGAAACAAAAGAACUCUUGUAUUAAAGUGCUAGAAGACAACAUUGAAGAUCUCAGAGCUAAACUCUCUGACAAAGUGAAAGAACACUCUCUUGAGAGUUCUGAGCUUGAUGAACAGCUGUCUGCAUUCAAAAGUAAGGUAGAACUGCUACAGAUGGACAUAGAGGAUAAAGAAAGUAGCAUACAGGAUCUACAAACUCAAGUAAGCAACUUAAACUUGCAGUUGAUAAAUGCAACUAAUGACAGGGACAAUUUACGCAGUAGUUUGUCCACUGCUGACUCUUGCAUUGAGGAUAUGAAAGCCAAAAUGGAUAGUGAUAAGGACACCAUUGUUAAAUUAACAAGUGAAGCUGAGGUGUCUAAUAACAGAAUACAAAACCUUGAAUCAGUUUUUGAGGACCUCAACAAUGUUAUACAGCAGAAAGAUUUGACUCUGCAAGGAGCUAACUCACAGUGUGAAACUCUUGCAGAAACCUUGCACACAACAGAACUAGAGUUGAAAGACAAACAAUGCCACAUUGAAACUCUUUUAAGAGAAUUAGAAGUUUUAAAUAAAUCUUUACAUGCUGAACAAGAUGCACUGCAUGGUGCACAGACAGAGAUGAAUACCUUGAGGGAGAACUGUGCUCAACUGACAGAUCAAGUUGAAAGCCUUGAAGAAAGUCUCAAAUCAAAAGUUGAAGAAAAUAAAACUCAGUGUGACAGUUUACAGCAGUUGGAAAUGAGACUGAAGGAGCUGGAACAAGAGAAGUUAUCCACUGAGGAAACAUUGAACACAGAGCUGGAAAAAAUACAUGGGCAGGUCAGGGAAAAGGAAGCUGAGCUGAGUGUGAAGACAUCUAGACUAGAACAACUGGAGAACACAACAGAGGAUCUGAGGGCUAAACUAACAGAUGCUCUAGCCAGGAGAUUAGAAGAAGAAUCAUCUCUUGGGCAGGAGGCCACUGUUUUAAAGUCUAAAUUAGAUUUGUUGCAAAUGGAUGUAGAUGACAAAGAUGAAAUUAUUCAAGAUCUAAAUACAAAGCUAUCUAAUGCUAAUUUCUUGAUGGAAAGCACAACUCAGGAAAGGGACCGUCUCAAAGAAAUUUGUGAGCAAACAGAGAGAGAUCUGGCCAAACUGAGGGAGGAAAUGUGUCAAGAGAAAACAACUCUUGAUCAAAUGGUUAAUGAACUUGAGGUUUCCAGGGACAGAAUAAAAAACCUGGAAGAGACUAUAACUCAGCUCAAGUCUAAUUUACAGGAGAAAGAAAAACUUGUUGAUGAUCUUGAGUCAAGUUGUGAUAACAAUGAACAAACACUGGGAGAAUACAGAGAAAAGCUGAACUCUGCACAUCAAGAAAAUGACAUGCUCAAUACCAGGCUCAGUGAAAUACAGUCUUUAUUGGCUUCAGAAAGAGAGGCAAGCAUUUCUAGAGAUUCAGAAGCCAAAACCGUCAUGGAAAAAUAUGUGUUGGUCACAGAAGAACUUGAUGAAACCAAAGCUAAACUUAGUCAAAAAUGUGAAGAGGUUUUGAGUCAUGAAACUAGUUUAUCCGAGAUGAUAAAUAAAAUCAAACAUUUAGAAGAAGGUAAAAUUUUGUUUGAACAAAACACCAGUGAAGAGAUAGAAAAACUUGCACAACAGCUUCAUGAUAAGACUGAAGCUUUGGCCCAGAAAGUUUCUAAAGUAGAGGAACUGGAAAAUUGUUGUGAAGACUUGAGAAACAAAUUAGCUCAUGUUUGCAGCAAGACUAGUGUGGAAGGCAGCCAACAUCAAGAGGAGAUAACUUCACUAGCAUCUCAAUUAGAAUUGUUACAGAAAGAACUGAUGGAAAAAUCAAACACUAUACAAACUCUUUCAAUAGACUUUUCUAAUGUUAAUGUUUUGCUCGACAAAAUGACAGAAGAAAGGAAUAGCUUAAAAACUACAUCAGAUCUUACUGAACAAGAAAUAACUCAGUUGAAAAUGGAUUGUGAUUCAAAGAACAAAUUGAAUGAAGACUUACAAAAGGAGGCAGAAAGGUGGCAGGACACUGCAGAAAGUUUACAACAAUCUCUGGCUGAUGUUAAAGCAAGGCUAGCCGAGCAAGAAGCUGAGCUGAGAGAAACACAGAGCAAGUAUGAGCAAGCACAGGCAUCAGUCUCCAGCCUGCUGGAAGAUAGUGUCACACACAACCAGACUAAUGAAAGACAGAAGACGCACAUUGUAGAUCUUGAGGAAAAAUUGUCUCAGCAGUCUGAGCUUGUGAGGACCAAAUCACAGGAGGUGGAGGAGCUCUCUAGUCAGUGUGCUAAACUUGGGGAUGAACUGGUGGAGGCUAGAGGUCAGAUAGAAAAACAAUUGAAUUUAAUCUGUACCUUGAAUGUAAAGGUAGAGGAAGUUGUCUCCAAGCUGACGCAAGUAGAAGAUGCAAAGAAAGCAUUAGAGACUACUACAAAUAAAGAAAUGGAUGAAUUACAAAGAUUACUGAAUGAAAGUACUGAAAACCUCAGGCACAAAUCUUGUCAGUUUGAAGAAGUGCAGUGUCAAUUGUCAGACCUGAAGAUGAAGUAUGAAAACUUGUUGAAAUCAAAGUCAGACAGCGGUGCCCAAUAUGAUGAAGAGAUGAAAGCACUUGCAUCUAAAAUGGAUUUGAUGCAAGAAGAUCUCAGCAAAGCUAACAAGGCGCUGGAGUCAGCAACAAAUGAAAGAGAAAACUUGAGGUCAGCCUUGACUGUGAUGACCACUGAGAGAGACCAGCUGAAAGCUACAUCAGAGAAGCUAGAGAUAGAGCAUGUCAAGAUGUGUGCCUCGCAUGAGGAGUUGUCAGUGGAGCAUAAAAACUUGACCUCAGAGCUGAACCAUUUCAAGGCCUUAUCCAACACCUCUGACAACAAAAUAGCUCAACUCACUUCAUCCCUGCAGUCUAAAGAGCAACAAGUACUGAGCCUGGAGCAGCAGCUCAGUGAAAGUCUGGUGAGCUGUGAAGAUUUUAGUCGCCAGGUUGGCCAGCUGUCCAGUGAGGUAGACCACCUACAAGCCUGUAAACAAGCUUUAGAGAGAGAACUGAAAGGUAGCAAGCUAGAAAGUACCAGUCAUUUCCAAGAGGUACUUCGAGAAAAGGAGAAAGCUGAGCUUAAAUUAGAAGAGCUGAGGGAAGAGCUAGAGUCCACAACAAAAGAACUGGCAACACUGAAGACGCUGAUUGAAAAUAUGAAUAGGUCUAUGGUAAAAACCAAUUCAAAACUAGCUGAACUUCAGACUGAGAAUACAGCAAUAUCAGAACAGUUGACUGAAGUUAAAAGGCUGUUUGAUGAAGCUUCAUGUGAUUUACAAGAGAAGAAUUCAACCAUGACUGUGCUCAGAGAGGAGCUGGAGAAUGCAAGUCAGGAGAAUGAUAGUCUGAGGACAGAGAAGAGUGAAUGGGUGUUACAGGAAGAGAGGUACAAGCAAGACAUUCAUGAUUUGGAACUGAAAAUAGCUGACCUAGAGGGAGAGAUAGAAAACACUAAAGAGUCUUUUGAGUCUGUUUCAGUUCAAAGGUUUGAUGCUCAGAAUAAGUUACGCUGUGUUUUGAGAGAGAAGGAUGAAUUAGAGCAGAAAAUAAAAGACUUGAAUGCUGAGCUUUUCGAUGCUCAGUCCCAAGUAGAUGGUGCUCAGUUAUUGGACCAGGAGCUGAAGAAACUACAAGAUGACAUAAUAAGGAAAGAUGACAUUAUUUCUGAUUUGAAGCUUGCAGUGGACAACCUCACAAAACAACAUGCAUCCUGUGUGACACAGUUGGAGAUUGUACAACAAGAGAAAGAUGAGCUUGAAGAAAACUACCGCAGCAUGUCCUCCAGGAACUGUGAGCUAGAAGCUCAGAUCAGUGACUUCUCCUGUGACACAUCCACUGUCAGGGAGCAACUGGUGCAGCUGCAAGAUGUUAUUCAAUCCCUCAACAAAAAUGUGGAGGAUAAAAAGAAAGACAUUGUCCAGAGGAUAAAUGAGUGUGCUAAAAAAGAUGAGGAGUUGAACAAGUUGCAAGAAAGUGUAGAAGAAAAAGAGAAAGACAUUCAAGAGCUCACUGAGAAGAUCUCUGUAAUGAAGAAAGAGUUGAAAGAGUCAAACUCCACCAUAGGAACAUUGCAAGAUGCUCUGGAGUCUUUAAACUUUGAACUUUCAGCAGCUGAGGAGGAGAAGUUGUCUCUGGUGACAGAUAACAGCAGUCUAAAAACAGAAGUCAAGGAUCUUUGUGACAGAGUUGCCACAUUGUCCACAGAGCUUGAAAAUAUCAAGAACAAUCAAGAGGCUGCACAAAGGCAAGGUGAAGACAUUGAACAGCUAGAGCAACAAAAUUCUGGGCUACUAACAAGGAUUGAUGCUUUAAGUAGUGAGAUCAGAGAUCUGAGAACAAGUGGAGAGACUUCGGCCAAGGAAAUAACAGAGCUAAAGCAACAGAUCCUUUCUUUAAAUCAACUCCUUGAAGAAAAAAGUGAUCUCAUUCAAGGACUGCAGUCUAAACUACAAGUAUUGGAAACUGAUCAUGAGCAUGCUCUUAAAAGAAUGGAGACAGCCAAAACAGAACUUUCUAAAGCCCAAGAGUUUGAGAAAGAUCUUUUGUUAAAAGUGUCUGAACUGGAUUAUCUUGUUCUUACCCUGCAAAAUGAAGUAGACAGUAAAAAUAUGGAACUGGAUCAGCUAAAAGAGGAAUAUGAUAAGUCACAUAAAAAAUUAGAAGAGUUAGAGGAAGAAAAACGUCUCAUGAUAGAGGAAUACAGUCAAAAAAUGGAUUUGACACAAGCUGAGAAAAAAGCUCUAGAUGAUAAAGUUGAAGAAAUGUUGAUGAUGAACUCACAGCUAGAGGAGAAAGUUAAAAACAUUGACAUUGUUGUAAAAGAAAGGAAUGAAUUAAAAUGCAUGAUUAAAACUUAUCAACAAGUGGAAGCUGAAAAUAAAACCCUGCAGGAGAAAGUAACAAACUUGAAUGAAUUGUGUCGUGAAAAAAAUGAAUUAGCAGAAAAAGUAAAGGAACUUGAAAAAACUUUAGCUUAUCAAUUGGAAUUAAAGCAAAAAAUUGAUGAAAUGGAACUGACCAUUGCUAAACAAAAGGAAGUUUAUAAUGAAAAGGUCUCAGAACUUGAGAGGUCAGAGACUGCAAAAUGUCAGUUAGAAGAGAAAAUAAAAGAGAUAGUGACCAACAGUUCAGUUCAAAACAGCGAGAAUGAGCAUCUGGCAUUAAAAACCAGGUGUGAACUGGAAGAAAAGAUUGAACAAUUUGAAAAGACAGUCAAGUCCCUAGAAGAGCAGCACCAUUUAUUACAGAAUGAGAAAGCUGAACUAAUAGAGAAAGUUAAGAAAAGUUCAGCCAAUGAAGAAAGCCAAAAAGAGAUUUUGAGAAAAUGGGAGCUGAGAUGUACAGAGCUAAACAACCAGCUGAAGCUGAAGCACCAAAAAAUUCAGUGUCUCACAGAGCAAUUAGAGAAAAGUUCAAAAGAUCCAGGCCCAAACAGCCAGUCUGAACUUAAGGCACUUCAAGAAGAGCUAGCUGAAAUGCAAGAAGAAAGAGAUUCAUAUAAAGAAAAGUUCUUAAAAAUUAUCGAAGAUGGGGAGAAAGAUGUUGAAAAAGUCAAGAAACUCCAACUACUGAAUGAGAGACUAAAUACAAAGAAUAGAUUAUUAUAUGAUUUGUUACAAAAAGAGAAGACAAAACCUAACGGUGAAACAGAAUCUAAAGCACCUCCAGCUAGUAAUUUAAUGUUUUUUAACCUACCAGCUCAGUCCAUAUCUCAUACUAAACCUGAGGAUAAUCAGUCUGAAAAUAAGGAUAAAAAACCAGUUAUACAAUUCAACAAACCUUCACUGGACACUUGUAGCACAAAAGGAAUAAAGCACACAAUUUCAACAACAAAGAAAGCAGGUGAACCCAGUGUCUUUACUUGUGCUGUGCUAGACAGACCUCCUGAAGCUCCAGCUGCAACAGAUAGACACAUUGCUGAAGUGCCAUCUACACCUAAUGUAACUCCUGCUCAAGUGGAGACUGCAUCCAAUCGUUCAUCUCCUCGAUUAAGACUACGUUCACCAAACAUCAAGUCUGCUACAAUCUCAGUUCCGUCCAAGCUAUCUACACCAGUUCUAAAAGCUAACUCUCACCCCUAUGCCAGUGUGAAAAAAUCAACUCCACAAGAAAAUCCACAACAGCAGCAACCCAAACAACAGCAGUUUAUUUCCAAACUGGCAACACCAAAGCAAAAACCGCAAUCUUUGGUGAAACCUGUAACACAAGUGUCAGCUCAAAAACCUUUAGAACAUGCCACACAAAGUGUGUCAUCUUCCAUGCCAGCCCCCCACACACAAACACCUGAGCCUCCUGCUGACUUAAACGCUGCCACUGGUACACUACAUGAUUUCAAUGGACCCAAGAGGAUACCUGUCAAUUCUCUGUCAAGAAAGAAAAUUGAGGAGACAAAUGUCAGCCUCUCUCCAAGAAUAACUAGAAGAAUGUCUUUACUUAAAAGAAGAUCUACUGAACAAUCACAGGCAGGUGGAAAAAAGUCUAAGUUUGCAGUUGAUGAGACUAUUGAAGAAAAAGCAACAAACUGUGAGAGUAAAAUUGGCAUCAAGCAGAGACCAGGAGCCAAAUCAAAUCUUCCAUCUGGUUUACCUAGAGCCAUGUUAACUAGAGGAAAGAAAGAUGUUUUGCCUAGCAGCAACCCUUUAGCUACCAUAACUAACAGUCCUAAGAAGACAGUACAAACUUUAAAAGAUAACCACAGACCAAAGGGGUUCCUUCGCUUGAAAUCUCCAGAGAAGAGGUCGCUCAAAGUCAAAGAUGAGGCAGAUGAAGGGCCACCUAAUUGUCCCACGCAAUAAAUUAUUUUUUGUUUAUUUAUAUGUAUUUACUUUUUCAAAGUAUGUGUUACACUUAAUUUUUAUAACUGGAAAUUUACUUGGUAUUUUAAAAGCAAAAAAGAAAACAGUUUGCAAAGGCUUUGACAUUAUAUAUUUUUUCCCUAAUGAAAAAAAGCUCAUGAAUGAAAUUUUCAUAUCAGUAUGAUUUGUAUUUAUAAGUUACAUAACAUUUAGCUAAAUUAUAUUCUUUAUAUAACAGUUAUAGAGUUAUUAGACAAAUAAACUACAGAGAUA